AAGACAAAGAAGAAGAUCGCCCAUCGCGCUACUCGCCACCGUUUCUUGCUCCUCAACACUAGGCCUGCUUCCCCCAGUAUUUCGGCAGAGGAGUUGACGCAGUCACCGUCAGCCAAUGGCAACUGUGGCUCCGACGUCACGUACAGCGUUAGGGGCAGCGACGCCAGUGUCGCCAAGAGGGAUGUCGCCGAUUGUCCAGACCACUCUGGAAGGACGUUCAGAGCCCAUCCCCACUCCAGAAGUCCUUACAGGCGAAAAAUCGGCUGCCUUCAGCGUGGCAACGCAAGCCUACGACACGCCGGAAACCGAUGACAGACCCCGACGCCGCGAACAAGGAGAGCUGGACUUCCGCGGAAGCGGAAGCUACGUCUUGUUCACCUGCAUCGUACCCGUGAUUCUGGGUUUCCUCGGCUUAGCGCUCAUCUUCGUCGUCAGCCGUCUCGGAGGUGAACCGGUAGCAGCAGUCCCCGUGCGGUCGUUCCUCAUCUGCCGCAUGCGCAGCAAGGACCUGUGGAGCGACGUUGUCCAACCCGCCACCGACUUCUGCUCGCAUCUCAUCUUGACGCCCUGGGGUACCGACGUCAACGAGCGAAAGAGAAGCCAGCGUGAAUUUUUCAAAGCGGCUGGGAAACGGUCUCGCCUUUAUUUGACCAUUGAAAGUGACGAUUGCCCGAACAAGACGGUGGCUCAUCUUCAGGCCCAGAUGAAGAAUCUCAGCCUGACCGGCUUCGAAUUCUACAUGAAGGGAAACGAGACGGCCCUCAGCGUAAAGGAGUGCUUUGACCUCAUCGACCAACUCGUUGCCGCAAAAGGCUCCGAGUCGGCGAUCCUGCGCAGCGGUCCUUACCGGACGCUGGUUAAGCCUAACGUGCUGGCCAACGUGUACCAGACGCACCCGCCCAUAGAUGGCUCCGGCAACAUACCCGACGCCAUAUUCUUGAACAACUUCAACUACACGAACGUCAAACAGCCGACAGCGGACCCGAAUCAGCCGGGAACGAAGCCGAAGCUGAACAUUGUGAACAUUCUGACCCUUGCGAAGAACGACAGGGCCACGAACGUCGCCGCUGGAGGUCGUAAAAUCACCAACAUCUGCUACGGCCUAAGCCUGAUGGGAAUACGGGUCGACACGCAGGUGGUGCUGAGAUAUUCGGACAUAUGCGAGACGGUCCAGUGCUGCGCCACGGUGAAGCCGCCGCAGCGCAACGACGACAGCCGGUCCAGGAUCGUGAGCGUGAUGAAGGGCACGCGGUACUUUGUCUCGUACGACGACCCCGGCACACUGGAGGAGAAGGCGAACACGAUCGACGUACUGACGGGCGAGGCGCUCUGCAUCGCCGCCGACGACGCGGACGCGGACGACUUCCGCGGCAAGUGCGGCGAAAAGGCGCCGCUCGAGAAGGCGCCACUCCUCAACAAGAUGGCCGAACUGGCGCGUUCGAGAAACAGCGCCCUCUCCUCCGCUACCGCGCGGAGGCGAAAAGGAGACGCGAUCAAUUCGCGGAGCGCCCACGCCGCUUUCUAGGCGUCGACUGCGGUUGUGCGCUGCUCGUUCUUACGCGUGGGACGCCUCGUCGCCAAAGCGUCCGGCGCAAUGUUUGUUUUGCUUUAUUACGUGACUGACUCUCGGAUUCGGAGGCAGUCAAAUCGUGACAUUUGAUAGAGCGACAUUUAAUGCAUUCUGUCGAAACCUGACUGUCUGAUUUUAUGUUGCUUUCGGAGUAAUUGCUUCAAUAUUGUGCUAUCACGGAAUUAUUAUUACAGCACCCGAGUACUUUUGGGUUUGGCCCUGUUUCCUUAAGUGCAACAAGAUUUGCAUGCACAUUCUGUAGUUUAUAUAGACAGAAUAUCGAAAUGAAACAGUUCACUCUUGGUCUUUUCUUAGAUUUCCGAAAGGCAUUCGAUUGCGUUCAUCACAACACCCUGCUACGCAAGCUCAACAGUUAUGGCAUACGUGGUAUUGCAUCUGACUUGCUAAAGAACUAUUUAAAUAAUAGAUUACAGUAUGUUCAAGUUAAUGGUAUACCCUCAGAGAAAUUGGCAAUUCAGCAUGGUGUUCCUCAAGGAUCUAUAUUAGGACCGUUAUUGUUUUUAGUGUACAUAAAUGAUAUCGCUAACAUAUCCGAAUCGCCUAAUCUCGUCAUGUACGCUGACGACACGAAUAUAUUUUUUUCUUCCCA